AGAUUAUUAAAUAUAAAAUGGAGGGAGUAAAGAAUAAAGAAAUGCACAAACCCUAGCUAGAAUACUCCACUUUCCCUUUUAUUCCCUUUAUAACAAAAUAGUAUUGAAUAUACUUUCCCUCCAGAGUGUGUUUUCCUCCAUGAAAUGGGAAAUGGAGGUGUACGAAAUCGAAGCUGUCCUCGAGAAAAUCUGGGAUUUACAUGAUAAACUCAGUGAUGCUAUUCACUCUGUUUCUCGAUCUCAUUUUCUCAAUUCCGUAAAGUCUCGCAACAAGUUGGACGAUUUCCGCUCUAACCAAAAAGCCGAUAAUAAUCAGGUAAAAGCUGGUUAUGUUUACGUUAAGGAGUUCCGUGUUGAUGAAGAUGAUGAAUCUGCUGUUCAUGAGGCCAAGAGUCUUAAUGCUAUAAGGAGUGCACUCGAGCACCUUGAGGAUCAGCUCGAGUUCUUCCAUACUGUGCAAAAUCAGCAACGCGCAGAAAGGGAUGCUGCACUUGCUCGCUUAGAGCAAAGCCGAAUUAUACUUUCUAUGCGAUUGGCUGAACAUCAGGGUAAGAAAUACAAAUUCAUUGAAGAAGCUCAAUCUUUGGUGGGAGAUGUUCGUAAUGCCGGUCAGUUCAUUUCUCCUGAAAAUCUUUAUGGUCCUGCUCCAAGCGCCCCAGGUGAAAAUUUAACGACGCAGAAGAGGAAGAGAUCAAAUGCUCUAUCCAAUAUAUUCUUUUCUAGUUUUCAUUUCUUUAGGAAGUCUCUUAGAGUGGAUGAAGUGGGUGGAAUUUUGGGGAAUGCAGCCUUGGUUGCAAUCAGCAUGCUUGCACUGAUGCAUCUGCAGCGAGUUGGUAGCAAGGAAAAGUACUUUUCGGACCUCCCAGUAGGACAAGAUGUUGUCUACAACAGAAAUAUUAGAAAAACGUCUCAGCUCGAUGGGUCAUCUUCCGGUCUAAAUUUGGAUGUGUUGUCAGCCAGGGGCUGAAAGUGAAAAAUAAAGUUGGUUUGGUGAGAAUUGGGGAGAAAGAGGGUAUUGCGUUACUGCUUGCUCUUUGGCUGCUGAAGUUUUGUUGAUUGAUGGGGUAGAGGUUUUCUUUCUCGUGGUUGUUAAGUGCUUAGUCCUGUAAAACCAAAUUUUAGAUAUAUUAAAGCAGAAGUUGUGAAUUUCUCUUCAGUACUCUUGCCUAAUUUCUGUGAAGGCGGUCUUAUGUGUGUAUAAGAGAGAAUUCCUGCUGUCUUUUUAGAGUGUA